UACUAACCAACCACACGCACUGACGCACAGAACAACAGAAGUCACGAGGACCGCCGCCGCGUGCCGCUCCUCCGCGCCGGCGCUCCCGACAGCCGUCUUCGAGUUCGAGCAAUGGAGUCGAAGAGGCCGCCGCCCUCCCCCCUCGUCGACACCUAUGUGGUACCCGGCGACGUUGUCCUGGACCUCUCCGAGAUGACCAACCAGACCAUAAAGCUCGGCACGGGCCUGCGUCAGGAGGGCGACACCAUCCAGGCGACCAGUGCCGGGAUCCUGCGGCUGUCGAAGCCCAACAAGUAUUGGGUUGAGAGCUCCCAGAAGAGGUAUGUACCUUCCGUUGAAGAUACAGUUCUUGGUGUUGUGGUCGACACCAAACCAGACAACUUUGUAGUGGACAUAAAGGGUCCUCAUUUGGCCUUCCUACCAGUGCUUGCAUUUGAAGGUGGUACAAGGAGAAACAUACCAAAGUUUGAGAUUGGUACAUUAAUAUAUGCUCGAGUGGUGAAAGCAAAUAUUAUCAUGAAUCCAGAGCUCUCAUGCAUGGACGCUACUGGGAAAGCUGCUGAAUUUGGUCAGUUGAAAGAUGGCUAUAUGUUUGACACGUCAACUGGCAUGUCACGAAUGUUGUUAAGUUCGCCAACAUGUCCAGUUCUGGAGGCCCUUGGGAAAAAACUAUCUUUUGAGAUUGCUGUUGGACUUAAUGGUCGAGUCUGGGUUAAUGCCCCUGCACCAAACACUGUCAUUCUUGUAUCGAAUGCAAUUAUGAGGUCAGAAUCUUUGAGUGGCAUACAACAAAGAGCUAUGGUAGAAAAUCUCUUGGAGAGAUUGUCAUAAUGGCAAUGAACAAUUGCGCUAUCAACGUAUUUGGGGGAGUUGCUUGGUUAGAUGCAGGGCACUCUUAAUGGAGAUUGUUGCACAUAAAUUAAAUAUGGCUAAAGAGGCUGGUGUUUUUUAUGUUGUAGACUGAAUCACUGAAGUAAUAGAUUAGCUAGUACUAGAAUCAACUUUCUGGCUAAUACUAUGUUGACUAUCUGAAGGCGCUGCAAGUUAGAUAUUUGCACUCGCCGAUCUUGUUGAAAGAAGCCUCAUGAUGACUCAAUUUCAACAUUUUUCAUAUUCGUUGUACUCAGAAAUUGACUUUAGGUACAACUUUUGGGGGCUGGAUA